CUCAAAAAACCCCUAACUUCUUUCGUCACUAUAUAAAUACCUUAACCUCGAUUUGGGCAAAACUUUUCCAAUGCCGCUAGGGUUUCUGCAGCAGCAUAAACAGAAGACAUGGGAAAAGGAACCGGAAGCUUUGGAAAGAGAAGGAACAAGACUCACACUCUCUGCGUUCGAUGUGGACGCCGGAGCUUCCAUCUCCAGAAGAGCCGUUGCGGUGCUUGUGGCUACCCUGCCAGUCGCAUCCGAAAAUAUAACUGGAGUGUGAAGGCUAUUAGAAGAAAGACUACCGGAACAGGUCGCAUGAGGUACCUUCGUCAUGUGCCCCGAAGGUUCAAGACUGGCUUUAGAGAAGGUAGUCAAGCAACUCCAAGGAAGAUGACAGUUGCUGCUGCUGCCUCAUAAAUUAAUUAUAGCGUUUUUAUGUGAGAUUCCUGAAUUUACAAACAAGAAGUUUUGUGUUUUUAUAACUGUGUUACUUUUGUUUUUCAAGUAAUAUCUACAAAGAGUAAGUUUUGUUUUAUAAUGAAUCUUCACAAACUUAUUUGGAUUGUUGAGCAAAAUUUACUUUCAUCAA